UACCUUCGUCAGUGGAAGAGGAAAUAUUAAUUGACAGUCGUAAUUUGUGUACAAUUUUAACAGCAAAAUAAAAACAUUAUUAAUUUUACAUGUAUUACCAGUCGAGUUUAUUUUUUCGUACGAUGAUCACAUAAUUUUUAAUAAAGAAAUCGUGACUAUAACAGACGCAGUACAAUGUUCAAUUAAUAAAAUUGGGAUACUAUUCAAGUACCUAAUACUUAUGUAAACAAGAUAACGGAAAAAAUGACUGUUCUCAUUGUGAGAUAAGGCAUAAUAGCAAAGUACGCGGUUGCAAAUUCACGUGAAUAUUAAGUAUUUAUGAGUAAUAGUGGAAUAAAAAGUGUUUUAAAAUGCUAAGUUUGAAGGAUACAUCGCCAAUAAUUCCAAAUAUAGGAGCAAUUUCUCAAAGUUCUUUGUUACAAAGAAGAGCAAAUUCUAAAGAGGAAUUAGAUUCUUCCUAUCACAGAUAUGACAGUUAUGAUAAUGUUUCAUUGGAACCACGCAGCCCUCGGAUGCCAGAAAAAACGCCAUUUGUUUUGGAGAAACCCAAAAGACUCACUAAUAUGUCAAGGGAGAAUAUGGUAUGCUCUAAAUGUGGAGACGGAUUUGAGCCGGAAGAGAAAAUUGUUAACUCUACUGGACAAUUAUGGCAUCAGCAUUGUUUUGUAUGUGCCCAGUGUUUCCGAGAAUUUAGGGAUGGGGUUUUCUACGAAUUUGACGGAAGAAAAUACUGCGAACAUGAUUUUCAAGUACUGUUUGCUCCUUGUUGUAACAAAUGUGGAGAAUUUAUCAUCGGAAGGGUGAUUAAGGCAAUGAAUUCAAGUUGGCAUCCAACUUGUUUCAGAUGUGAAAUGUGUUCCAAAGAACUAGCCGAUACCGGUUUCAUUAAAAAUGGAGGUAGGGCUUUGUGCCAUGAUUGUAACACAAAAGUUAAGGCUAUAGGAUUGGGCAAAUACAUUUGUCAUAAGUGCCAUGCAAUGAUUGAUGAUCAGCCCUUGAAAUUCAGAGGAGAAGUUUAUCAUGCUUACCACUUUAAUUGUGCCGCAUGCGGUGUGGAACUCGAUAGUAGUGCUAGAGAGGUUAGAAAUCGUUCAGGUUUUGCUAAAAACGAAAUGAACGAACUUUAUUGUUUGAGAUGUCAUGAUAAAAUGGGUAUUCCUAUUUGUGGUGCAUGUAGACGACCUAUUGAGGAGCGUGUAGUUACUGCGCUAGGAAAACAUUGGCACGUUGAGCAUUUUGCUUGUGCCAAAUGUGAAAAACCAUUCUUUGGUCAUCGCCAUUAUGAGAAAAAAGGAUUAGCGUAUUGUGAAACACAUUAUCAUCAAUUAUUUGGGAAUCUCUGUUUCGUUUGUAAUCAAGUAAUUGCUGGAGAUGUUUUUACCGCUAUGAACAAAGCAUGGUGUGUUCAUCAUUUCGCAUGUUCAGUAUGCGAUCAAAAAAUGAAUCAGAAAACUAAAUUCUACGAAUACGAUUUGAAGCCAGUUUGUAAGAGAUGCUAUGAAAAAUUUCCCAAUGAAUUGCGCAAACGUUUGAGACGACAGCAUGAGGCUACUCCAAAAAAACCAGGUACUCCGGUACCGCCUUGAAAAUAUCGAUAAUGUGGAAAUUGAUUGAAUUUUGUUAUUCCUAUAGAAUAUACAAAAAUUAUGAUUUUAAUUAAUUUACUACUAAUUUUUUUAUUUAUAUUAUCAAUGAAUAUUUGCUUUUUUAUGAUCGAAUUUUUGAAAUCUAACACUAAAAUAAAAUAAAAAUGCUUUUACUUGAAUUUAAAUUUAAUAAAUGAUUAUAAUCGAAAUUUUUUUGUAGUCGGUGUAAUAUAUUUAAGGGGGAAAAUACGUGUAAAAGGGCGUUUUAAUGCUGAUUUUCCAUAAUUUUUUUAAGGUAUAAAAAAUUAAUAUUAUUUAUUGAAACUAUUAGAUUAAUUUAUAGAUAUCUGAUGAGUAUUUAUUUAUAAUUACCAAAAUAUAAUUUAGAAAGUAGCAGGGAUAUCAGCUGAUACACAUCGAAUAUUGUCAUCCGACUUAGCAGUUUGUGUACACUAUGGAAGCCAAAAUUUCCAUCUAAAAUCAAUGGCACAAAGAAAUUACUUUUUUCAUAUGUGUACCUAUAAACCUCAAAUUAAAAGAAAAUGCAUUUUUUAGAGGGCUGUUCAAAUAAAUGUUUUUUUACAAUUUUUUCAUAUAUUUGCUAGAAAAAAAGUAGUUAAAAUAAAAAUAUCGCUUAUGAUUGAGGUUGGAAUUUCUGGAACCGUUGGUGAUAUUCAUACUGAAAACACUGCUUACACCAAUACUCACAAUUACACUGUUUGACGCGGGUUUUGAUAACAAAGUUAUCGUCUUCAGAGACUGAAGCUAUACUGUUAAUCUUUAGUCUCCUAAGACCUUAACUUGGUUAUAGAAACGAGUGGCGUCAGUCAGUGUAAUUGUGAGUUUUGGUGUAGUGGUAGUAAGAUCACUCACUAAAUCGCUUAUUACUUUUGAACGAAUAAGAAUUUUCACUUGAAAUUUUAAAUCUAUAUUUUUGAGUAGUUUUACAAGCGAUUGGUGUAAAAAAACCUCUACACGUAUUUCUCCCCUAAUCCAAAUUGAAACUCUAAAUGAUCCAACUCAUUUAACAUCAACAAGUUAUUGUAAUUGAAAAUAUUUUGAAGAAAAGAAGGUUUCAAAUGUUCCUUUUUGUAUUAUAAUAAUCAAACUCUUCAAAUAUAUGGAAUGUGAAUUUUUUAAACAAUUUUAAAAACAUGGUAUUUAGGGAAAAAACUAAAGUAAUUAUUGAAACCCCUCAUAAGAGGAAAACAUUCAUAAUUACUUACUUUCUACCAUUUCAUUUAUUUUAGAAUGAUAUUUCUUAAUUUUAAACAAUGCUUAACUAUAAUAAUAAAAAAAAUUAUACCCAGAAUUAUUACAAUGAUGACGAUCUUCAGUGCAGUGGCUUUCUACGCAGAACAUAUAUAAAAACAUAUGACGAAUGCAUAUACAAUAACAACUAAAUUGGAAUUUCUGGAAUUGGCGAUAUUCAUACUGAAUACACUAUAUAACCAAGCUAUCAUCUUUAGAGACUGAAGGUAAACUAAAACUUAAUGACUUGACUAUCCUGUUUUAUAUUAUAUUUUCCCACCAAUAAACCUUCUCCCGCGAAAAUUAAUUCCAGCAGGAAAAACUCCUUGGCGAGAAUCUUCACAUUCAUUCCUUGACUACUAAACUAUAGAGUGGGUUGUAAGGAAUUCGCCAUUUGUCCCUACUCUUACAUCUAGCAAUUUCAAUGCUUUCAAAUGCAUCCAACAAUUUAUUAUUGGAUACCUUUUUUAACAAUUUUACAUUAUACAAUAUUUAUGUCAUAAUUGUGACUUGCAGCGUCGGUAGUGGGCAAUACCUGAUUUUCCGGUCCAUAUUUCAAAUGAGCUAUGUGCUCUUUAAACCGGAUAAUAACGGAUCUCUUAGUCUGCCCAAUAUACUUUCCAUCACAAUCACCACAGCUAAUUUCAUAGAUACCACUCCCCUCCAAAUUUGGUAUUUUAUCCUUAGGAUUGCACUAUUAUUUUUUUAAUGUAUUGUUGGAUUUAUAAACCAAUGUAAAACCCACUCUGCUAAAUAUUCCUUCCAAUCCUUUUGUAUAAAGAGUCUCUGAAGACGAUAACUUGGUUAUCGAAAUGCGCGUCAGACAGUGUAAUUGUGAGUGUUGGUGUAAACAGUGUAUUGAAUAUACAAUCACAGAAGUUAUAUCAGAAAGUAGCUUAAAUGUAGUAUUUUUUUGUGCAAAAAGUAUUUUUGCUAUGUUUGUACUAGUUCUUUAUGUAUUUCAUACUGCCUCGUAUUAUUCUUGUUUUUUUAAAAUAUUUCCAUGCCAAAUGUCAAACUUUUUCCAUCUUAAUCCAAUGAUUAUUACAAAUUUUUUCUUGUUAAUGUAUCAACUUGUUUAUUAAUUGAUAUUAGUACUUAACUGUAGUAUAGUUGCGAUCUAAAACCUACUGCUCUGCUUUUUUUAAUUUAAUUAUAAUCUGUCUCAUGAAUUUGAGACCGAAAGAAUUGUGUAAAGUACAAUCAUUAAGUUUAGGUUUUGUUCUAAUAUUGAAAGAUAAUAGAAAACUUUAUUGGAAUUUAGGUAAAAUUUAACAAUUUCAAUAUAUUUAUUUUUUAAGUAAUAAUUUAAAGAGCAAUAUGUAAAUAUGUAAUAACUAAAGUAUAUCUUCAAAUUUAAUGCUGUGGAAAAUCCACCUUAAUACCUUCUUCUCUAGAACUCUUUAUGCCCUUUUGAAAGUCAGAGUGUUGUGAUCUUGAUAACAACAUGUACGUUUUGUGGGAUAAAUACAUUUUUUUAAUAUUUUCAAACUAACACCAAUGUAAUUUUGGAAUUGCAAUUCAUAAAGCAUAAUAAUAAUAAUAAUGCAGAUGAUGUACACAAUUAACCUCUUACAUACCACAUAGCCCAUAGAAAAAUACAGAUGUAGCACUAUGAGCUUCAAGGGGAAUAAAUUUAUUUUUGAGAAUAUUCAAAUCGCAGUUGUUUGGAUAAAGUAGAACCAAUAACUAAUAUAAAAGCAAGUAAAUAUUCAAUAUACAGUACAAACGAAUCAUGAAUGGAACAAAUAAAUUCAAUUUUAUAAACUUUUGUGGAGCAAAUUGUCAGGUCAUACCACAGCCAUGUAGAUAUAUGUGUAGAUUAUUGUAGUGAGAUCAUGUGCCUUUUAAAACUUAUUAAAAAUGCUCUAUAGAUCUUUUUAUAUAAUUAGUAACUAAUUGAGUAUAAUAUCGAUAAAGAAUUAUUGAAUAGUACUCUAUAUUAUAUUUUAUAUAAUCAUGUUGUUUGUCAUAGUAUAUAUUGAAAAUUUACAUAAUUUUUUAUUAAUUUUCUGGUCCUGUAUAUUUUGUAUAUUAUGACUUAGUAUGUACCAUUAGCACUACGCAAAUAUGAAGACUUGGCUAGUUUUGAUUAUUGGUAUUCCAUCUUGAUUAGUCAAGUCGAUUUCCAUUUCUAUAUAUAAAAUAUCACUAGAAAGUUGAUAGUUUAUAUUUGUUACAUUAUAGAAACUGAAUUGAUUCAAAAAGUUUUAUAAAAAUUAAUUCGCUUCAUUCUUCAAAGUAAGGUAAUACAGGCAAACAUUGGCACAUUUUUAAUUAUCUGUAUACAAUUGAUUAAAAAAUUAUUAUAUAUGCAUUUUUUUAUUAUGUAAUGUAGGGUGGCGUUUUCAAAAAUUUUCUCUUCGUGUCGCACUCUGAGCCAUUCCCAUAGCUAUCUCUCAGGGCAGAGGAGCACGUUUAUUGAGCUUUACUGCAUAACGCCAAAGAGUCACAUAUUGUAAAACUGGUAAUAAGAUCAGAUUAUGCCUGUCAAUGUAGGGAAAAGUACCCGAAUAUCGUAUAGUUUUUUUUGCCACUCAGUGGUUUUAUGUUUACACUUUACACUCAGUCUCUAAAGAUAUACUUUCUUGAUAUGUACUCCCAAUAAUGAAUAGGAAAAUAAGGUACAAAUAUGGGCUAGAAACAACAUUAAAUAUUCUAUUAUAAAUUUAAUGAUGGAACGUAAUAUUAAAAAGAACAGUAUAAAAGUACAAAACAAUUAAAACAAAAAAAAAUAAACUGUAAUAGAUCAACACGAAUCUUUUAUUGGCGUAUUAGAUCAUACAAAAUUGUCUUUUCUUUGCAUCUUAUACAAUGCUCUCCACCUGUAUCAUAUUUGCAAGGUUGACAGCAGUGACACAUUCUUCAUCCGCGUUGUCUUCAUCAUCUGUCGAUACAUAAGGGACAUCCAUGUCGUUCUAGUCAGAUGAAUCACAUUUGAGAGGAGGUUUAGCUUUGGCCCUUUUUCCUUGCUUGAAUAAUAGUUGCUUCAUACAAGUUGUCUUCUUUUUAGAUACAUCAGAAUUCUUCAUAGACUUUCUUUGGAAUAUCAAACCGCUUAACCAUAUUUGAUAUUUGCAGCCAUAUUUUCAUCUCAUUUUUCAUCUUUUUCCAUCGACUUCUUGAUUUGGUUUUCCAAAUUUUUUUAUAUGGCGAGCUAGUGAUAACUGCGGCUUUUCCAGCAGGACGUCCACGCUUGGUAUUGGACGAUUUUCCUGGGAAGCUUUGUCAGAGGCUUUAGAAUGAAAGGUGAAACAACUAUCUUUGAAGAUUUGCCUUCUCAGUGUGUUUUAGGAAACGUGGUUGAGGGAUGUGGGGCUGAAGAGGUUGAGGCCUGCGGAGUUAAAGAUGUUACGAGACUAUAAGCUGCAGUGGUAAGUGUUUGGCUUUCUAGAUCAGUAGACCUAUCUAUAGAUGUGGGCUCCGUUUCAUCCUCGGAAACUUCAAUUAAAAUGAAGUCGGAGUAUUGAAAUCUUUUCCUAUCAAAUGUUAUGAUACCACACUUUUUAAACCCACUCGUAGCAAUUUGCAGUGUUGCAGCUUUGGCAUAGGCUUCACCCAUUAGUUUUCUGAUUUGGUAGGCCAUGUUUCAACUUCCUGCGAGUAGUUUGUUUUGAACGGGCACAUAAAUGCCACGUCCAUUGGCUGGAGUUUGUGCGAUGUGUUGGGAGAGAGGCGAACAAUGAUAACUCCAUUUUCUCUGGCCUUCAAAAUUAUAUGAAUAUUUCUUAAAUGGGUUUCAUGACCAUCUAAAACUAAAACAACGUAUCCUUGGUUUGAAGUAGUCUAGGAAAUGCUGCAGCCAGUCAGUAAAAAUAUGGAUUUGAAUCCUUCCAGACUUGUGGCAUCUUGCAAUGGUUCCUGGCGAUGUGCCAUCCAAAAGUCAAGCUUCAUAUUUUGCAUAGGAUAUACUAUAAAUGGAGGAAUAAAUAUUUCUGAAGUCUCAUACCUGUGAUUGGAGUCAUGAGAGCCAAUCAUGCAUAAUAGGUUAUGUCAAUAGGCAGUUUGUUGUAGGAGAUGGUAAAUGCAGUUCCAGUUUCAAACCAAAUUUUUAUAUUUUGUUGUAUGGAGGGUAGAGGUAAGGAGAACCGUCUUGUAUGGGAGAUUAGUUGAAAAAGUGUCUAGCUGUAAACAGCAAAUUAAAUACGAAGACUAGCUAAAAUAGUGCUAGUGUACUAAGUGGAAAUGAUAUGAAUUUAGCAGUUAUAUAUUUUAUGUACAAUUUUCAAAUGAAUUUGUAUAUUAUUAGUUUCUUUGAAAUAGUUAUGACUUUCAAAAAAGAAUUUAAUUUACUAUUUUGUAAUAGUUUAUAGCGCUCUUUUUCAAAUUCUUCCACUUCCUACUAUAGCACCACCUUAAUUUGUUUCCUUUUAACAGACAUUUUUCGAUACACUCGUUGCAUCAAACCUCCAUAUUUUGUUGUUUGUUAAAUUUAUGUCAAUUUUAUUCUCGUGUCAAUGUUGGUCCGUGUGACCUUAUAUAGUAGAUCAUUUGAGGCUUCUAUAUCAGACAAGUGUUAUUGCUGAUUUCUGUCAACGUGUCUUACCAUUCUACUUUUUACUAGUCUCAGGUAAUUACUGCGGCAUCUUUAAGAAUAUGUUUAACAAUUUAUAAUGUUAUUAAAUUUGAAGAUAAUGCAAAUUAUUGAUAACGUCACUAAAUGUUUACAUCCAAAUUGUGAGUUGAUACAAAUAACCAUUUAUUACCUGUAUCAAAUUGUAUGUUAGUCUAAAAAGUGCCUAUGAAUAUACCUAUAUGAUUUUCAAAGUAGGUUUUUAUAGAAGUUAUUCUGCUAAUAUUUGUUUUUAUUUUUGAAUGUCUUUGUUUAAUCUGGAAUUAAUAUAUAAUAAUAUAAAACCCAUUUAACUUAUUUUUAUAGAAUUUUGAUCAAUAAACAAUUAAUAUUGC